AUGACUUCGCGCUCUGCCUCUUCCGGGGCGAUUCCCGCGCUGGACCAUCUGAUCCUGCUGGUCAACGACCCACGCACGGCAUCUUCGCAGAUCGAGAGCGCACUGGAGCGAGCGAUCUGCACGUUCUCCGCGCUCGGCUUCCAAGUUGUUCGCGGCGGUGUUCACGCGGACGGGAUCACAUCCAAUGCGCUCAUCGUCUUUGCAGACGGAGUAUACAUUGAGCUGGUGCAGUUCGAGGCAGCACCUGGGCUCUCAUCUGGCGAAAAGCAGGCGGAUUUCGAGGCGAGGAGGAAGAAGCACUGGUGGUACAACUCUCGUCCGGGGUGGAUCGACUGGUGUCUGCAGGACGGUAUUUCGGACGGGAUGAUUCAGAGCAUCAACGACAAUGCGCAGCGGUUGCGACAGACGGCUCUCGAGGAAGAGCAGCGUGAAUCGCAGGACGGGAUGCGAAUCGUCGCACCCCGACUUCACUAUCUCGCCCCGCAGGAGGGAGGCAGAGUUACAAUGACGGGCGAAGAGUUGCGGUGGAAAGUAACCUUCCCCUCCCCACCCUCGGGCACCGUGGGCAACUCGAGAUCAGCUGUGCCGUUUUGGUGUGCGGAUCUUACGCCUCGCGAGUUGCGAGUUCCACUCACCCGGUCGAUGCACGAGAAUCGCUCUCCCGGCAUUGCAGAGAUCACCCUGCUGUAUGCGCGCGAUACAGUAGCUGCGUAUCUCGACGUAAGUCUGGCACUCAAUCAGCCGAUUGAUGCUGCCACCCUCCCCAUCUCUAGCGAGCUACAGCUCGUUCCCAACCACAUCCCCCAUCGACUUCUUGCUGCUCCAGCCCCUGCGCCCAAACCAGACGCGACGCUGGCAAAGGGCGAGGGACAUCCUCAUCACCAGGCGGGGACGCCACAAAAGUUCAUCAGGGUGGCAGUAAAGGUCGCGGAAGAUCCCCAGGAUUUCGCCUGGAUCGAAAGGCAUGGAGAGGGGCUGUACGAGGUGGCCAUUUACGGUGCGUAUCCUUAG